GAGAAUGUAAUAUAUUAACGUUCUCUGCUUCCUCUUAAAAAAAAGUAGUUCUCUCUCCUUUUGUUUUUUUAUUCAUGGGCUCUACGACACGGCGAGUUCAGAAGGCGCAAACUUGUAUUCUAUCAUUCUUGAGUAUCAUCCGUUUUAGUACAGCUGACAAAUUUUACAUUGUUCUUUAGGAACAUGAAUUGAUUCUAUUUUAUAAAGUAUUAAACAAUAUUGAGAGCAAAUGUUUUCAAGGGCAUUUAAAAAUAGUAGCGAAUGUGGGCGUGUCUACAUCAAUAGCGACAAACAAUUCCAAUUUCAAAUAAAAUGUCAAAUAUGCCUACGGGUGUUUAAGCAAUGGACGCAUUUUACUUUGCAUAUGAGUUUAACACAUGACGAUUUUAAAAGAAAUUACCUUAUUGAAGAAAAAUUGAAUGAUGCAAACGGAAACUUCUUUAAAUCUUCCUGUGAAAAAGAAAAUAAAUGGAAGCAGAAGCCGACUCUUCCAAUAUCAACAGAAGGGGUACUGCGUGCUGAGAAUAUUGAGCCUGAAAGUGAACUAUGUGAGAAAGAAAAUUUACAAAGCUCCGAUUUCAUCCUUGAUAUAAUGCCAAAAUAUACAGACCAACAGGGUGUCCUUGAUGAGGAAUCGAUAGUACGAUUAGAAGUAGAAAUUUUGCCAAAAUUUUCAGAGAUAACCGGAGAAACAAAUAUUACUCAAGACAAUCUCGAAAAGAACUAUUUAUUUGAUAACACGAUGGAAACAGUGGGCUCUGCUGCGCGGUCUUUCUUUCAAUUACGUACUACUCAUUCGUCCAUUAUAUUGGGUUUCAUUGAUAUUUUUCGGCGCCAUCCAUGUCAAUGGAAUCAGCUAGAUUAUGAGUUUGCCCACAAAGAAAAAAGAGAUGAGAGUGCAAAAAAAAUUUGUACAGAACUGAAAGAUUACUUUAACAUAUGUAUAUCGCCGCAAUUAGCCCGAUCAAGUAUACUCUCCCUGAUUCGGUGGUUUGAACGUGAGUAUCUCCGUUCGUUGCAGUUAAGCAAGACGAAAAUCAAGUCAAAAAGAGGUCGUUGGAGUCGUGAUGGUUAUGUAUGUGCGCAUCCCGCAUACUUUAAUAAAUUAUUAGAAUUUAUUCCAUUCAGCCAUUUACAAUUGGUAUGUUGUAACAAAUGCCAGCGGGAGUUUAAAACGCAAAAUCAACUGUUGGUUCAUAACCACUAUACUCAUGGAGAUGACGCACCCUUCAAGUGUCGGCAUUGUAAACGUUCAUUUCUACAUCCUUCUACUUGGAAGCAUCACGAGAAUAGGCAUACGAAGAAGCAUGUAUGGAAUUGUCCAUUGUGCAGGCACAUUAGUUCAACAAAGACGGAUUAUAACUUACACAUGGUGGCACAUACCGACAUUCGUGCUUACGUUUGUGAUUUAUGCGGAGCAUCGUAUAAAAGUAGUACAAGUUUAAAUGUCCAUCUGCGCACACACAAGCCACCAAGGUUACAAUGUAACAUAUGUUGUAAGAAAUUUUACGAAAAUUAUCGUCUUAAACGUCAUUUGUUAAUUCAUGAAGCAGAAGCAUCUGUUAAAGCUAAUGUGAAUAAAUAGUUCAAACUAUAUCAAGAACAUGUUUAA